UCACAGCUGUGUUCGUCUACUUACAUAAGGAAUCAUUUUGGAUCAAAAUUGGGGAAUAUGGACACCUCAAGCUUGGACAACGACACAGACAAAAUCUGUCAGGAAAACAUCGACCAUAACCGAGCGCUGUAUAUUUUCUACUCUUCUGUGGUAGUGCUGGAGUUGAUCUUGGGUCUUCUGCUGAAUGUUACAGUUAUCCACCUCUUCAUCUUCAAGCUCAAGUUCUGGAAAUCUAAGACCAUUGACAUUUUCUUGUUCAAUCUGGUCCUGGCUGAUAUUUUGUUGCUGAUUGGAUUGCCCGUAAAGGCUUAUAACUUUCAGCAAUGCAGUGAACACAAGGUAGUGUGCAAAGUACAGCUCUUUCUACAGUUUCUCAACCGAGGAGCCAGCAUCGCCUUCCUGACGGUCAUCUCCAUUUAUCGAUAUUAUAGCGUGGUCCAU